GAUCAAAUUAAAUCCCAGAGAAGAAGAAAUCUCAACAAAGUUCUAAUUCAGUGUUCGUUCCUAAGACUCCCAAAAACCCCAAAUCAUCUCGAAUUUGCUAAAUUCUAGGGCUUUCUCUCUGUGAUCGAAUUAAUGAGCUCUUCACCAUCGCCGGCGAAUUCCGCCACCGCUUCCGCGAACGGCGGCGAUACAGCCACAGCCAACGCCGGGAACGGUCAAGAUCUGAACUUACACUUCUUGGAGAAGAUUCGUCUGGCCGCAAAUCGAGAUGCGAAGGAAGACGAAGGUGAAGAUUCGCCGACGGAGUUGAACACGGUCAAUAGCGCCGGCGGGUUUCUUGUGGUUUCUCCUGAUAAGCUUUCGGUUAAGUACACGAAUAUGAAUCUACAUGGGCACGACGUUGGUGUUGUUCAAGCGAAUAAGCCUGCUCCGUUCAAGUGUCUCACUUACUACUUUGAGAUUUUUGUUAAAGAUUCUGGGAUUAAAGGGCAAGUUGCGAUUGGUUUUACUAAGGAGAGUUUCAAAAUGAGGAGACAACCUGGAUGGGAAGUGAACAGCUGUGGCUAUCAUGGGGAUGAUGGACAUCUAUAUCGUGGACAGGGAAAAGGUGAACCUUUUGGUCCAAAGUAUACCAAAGAUGAUACAGUUGGUGGUGGUAUAAACUACGCUACGCAAGAGUUCUUUUUCACUAAAAACGGAGCUAUUGUUGGGAAAAUCCCUAAGGACAUAAAAGGUCAUCUAUUCCCUACUGUAGCUGUACAUAGCCAAAAUGAGGAGGUAUUAGUCAAUUUUGGGAAGAAGAAAUUUGCUUUCGAUAUUAAGGGAUAUGAAGCAUCAGAGAGGAAUAAGCAACAAAUGGCUAUCGAAAAAAUAUCCAUACUUCCAAAUAUUGGUUAUGGGCUUGUAAAGACCUAUCUGCUACACUACGGGUAUGAGGAGACACUCAAUGCUUUCAACCUUGCUACUAAAACAACAGUUCCUCCAAUCAAUAUAGAUCAAGGAAUUGCUACUGAUGAAGAUGAUUCAUCAUAUGCUUUGAAACGGAGAAAGACACUUAGACAGCUUGUUGGGAAUGGUGAGGUUCAUGCUGCUAUAACUAAACUCCGGGAGUGGUAUCCCCAAACUGUACAGGAUGAUAAAUCGGUGGUUUGUUUCCUCCUGCACUGUCAACAUUUUAUUGAAUUAGUACGGGUUGGGAAACUUGAAGAAGGUGUGCAGUAUGGCAGACUCGAGUUAGCUAAAUUUGUUGGGUUAACCGGGUUUCAAGAUAUAAUCGAGGACUGCUUUGCUUUGCUAGUGUAUGAAAAGCCCGAGGAAUCACCGGUUGGGUAUUUCCUAGAAGACUCGCAUAAGGAACUAGUGGCUGAUGCCGUGAAUGCAGCGAUACUAUCAACAAAUCCAAAUAAGAGAGAUGUUCAGAAAAGCUGUCACUUGCAUUCCCAUCUGGAGAAACUGCUAAGACAAUUAACCGUCUGCUGUCUAGAAAGGCGAUCGCUGAAUGGAGACCAAGGCGAAACAUUCCGGCUUCACCAUGUUCUUAACAACAACAGUACAAGAAGAUGAAAUCGGGUUAGCCCGGGGCAUAUAUUUUGGAAAACUCUGUUUUUUGUUUGGCUGUUGUCAUCAUAAUUGGCUUUUGUUCAUACUUGUGUGUCAUAUUAUGUUGAACUUUCCCAUUCUGUAAUAAAAGGAAAAAAGUUAAAAAUGAAAAAGAAAGGUUCCACUUGCAUUUU